GCAUUAGCAAGACUUUGACAUACCCUUUCCAAAAAUUGUUAAUGGGUAUUGGAUAUAAUAAGACAAAUUGUUGUUGCUCGCGUAAUGCGUGCCUGGGGCAAUUACAAGCUUCGCCUGGCAGCCAGACGAGCGCAUCUUCGGCGCUUUUGGCGACAGUUUUCCUAAGACAGUUAUGGCAAGACGUUGGCAGCUAUUUGUGGGUCUGGUGCUGCUCAGCCUGAGCCAGCAGGCGACAGCUGGUGUUAUGGACAAUGUGAACGAUGGCCUAAAGAUGGCAGGAGAAAUGUUUGGCAUUAACACAGCAGCUGAUGUGGCCAACCUGGUGGCCAAGGCCUUUUCCAGAGUGACAACGCGCAGGAAACCCGAUCUAAUGAGCGUGCUGCAGCAGGGCUUCGAAACACAGCGGAACCAGCAGCCGGAAGAGGAGGAAAAUGAUCAAGAGGAGCAGGAGAAUGCACAGGAGUCGCCGCCCGUCGAAGGAGACACACGACGCCGACCCUUGCAGUUCAGCAGCGUCCAAAUGCUGACCAACAUGAUGCGCAUGAUAGGCUUCGAUCCCCGCAAGCUGGGCGCACUGGCUCUCAAUGCAAUUGUGAUGAUUGCACAGGCGAUUGGCAGCACAAUUAUGCAGGCGACACGUGGCGGCGGUGAAAGCAACGCUGACACUGGACCCGAGGCGCUCUUCGAGCCCAGCGAACAUCAGCCGCGUGAUUUGACACCCGGAAGCCCUAUAGAUUGGUUCCUGAAGCGUCCCGGCGCACAUACACAACGCAUGGUGCGCCGCAUCAUGGAUCGCCAGCUGCCCGAGUACAUUGUGGACAUGAUUGAGUCCAAGGAGACACCCGAUGGCAAUGAAGCCGCCUGCCUGAAGCUGCUCAUGUGCAAGAGUUCGCCCAUCAUUUGGGGCAUGCAGAACUCGCUGAAGAAGCGCUUGGCCGGCGAGCCCGAGGAGUUCGACGAGGAGAGUUACAUGAAUGCAAAUGCGUUCUUCAAAUAUUUGCCCAGUUUGGAUGAGUUUAAGGAGUACGGCGCGGGCUGUGAGUCCCGCUUUGCCAAGUACUGUCCACGCAAUUCAACAUUGGGCAAACCCUAAAGAGCACCCAAGAAUAUUAACCAACAACCCAAAGACGCAAUUUUUUUUUUCUAUAUUUAGUUUUAGGUUCUAUAUAGUUUCAUCAAUAAAUCAAUAAAUUGUUUUGUAA